GCAAAAAACCUCUAGGGUUUGCAAACCUAUGCAACUAAAGUCAACUAACCGGACAUGGGUAUGGGUUUUUGGGCGAUCAACGAUCGAAACAACAUCUGUGGAGAACCUUUAAAAAAAGCGGCCACAAUAGAGAAAAUAAGGCCUGGUCGCUUUUUUGCCACUGUUUUCCUCAGUUUUGGCUUAGCUCUCAGUUGGGUGAGUCACUCUGUCAGCAGAGUAACGACCCACUAAAGCCUCAUCUCACUCGCUACCUAAUUAUGACCCCCACGAACCUAUUUAUAAGACUUUGGAUAAGGUUUUCUAGGAGGAAAAGUCAGCCUUUAACAUCCCAGAGGAGCUAUUUGGAGUGGAUUUCUCACCAUUGAAGCCAAAUUGCAUUCCCAAGAGUGAAGAUUAACAUCCCAGAGCAGAUUAUACCUAUCUUUAUGAGUAUGAGUGCUUUGAUUUCUAUUUUCCUCUCUCUCUCUCUCUCUCUCUAUGGAGUAGACCUUUCUCUCACUUAGGUAUGAAGAACCCUAGUUCCAUGUGUUAGAUAUCUUGAUUGUAAUAACUUUUGGGAUGAUAUAUUGAUUGAUUUUAAUCAAUUGAAGUGUCUUUAUUGAGUCAAUUGAAUCCUGAUCAACUUCUCUUGAUUUCUGCUUCAAUCUGUGAUAGAUAGAAUCUGAAUAGGUUUUUAGAGUUCCUCAAUUGGUAGGAGUGAAAUGAUUGUACGAUAUUCAAUCAAUUCACUGUUUUGUACUGGAAUAUGUUUCCAGUAGUGGAGUUCUGUGUUAAUUGCCUUAGCAUUCUAUCCCGGUGAAGACUAGUCGUCUGCCGGUUAGUAUGUCUGAGAGGGCUUGGUCAGCUUAUGAGAUUCCAAGCUGCUGUCGGAUCUUCCGGAGUUUAAUCAACAGUGAAUCAACCAAAGGAAAUUACAACUUGGACCUAACUAAGGAGCUAGGGAGAAUCAUUCCCAAGUGACUCUUCUCUUGCUUCAGAAAACCGGACAAUUUACUGUUUUCUUUCUGUUCUAGUUUGGAAUCACCUACACUCACUUAGUCCCACUAGAUAAUAGAAUUUCACGGAGUAGGCAGUACAUCUAGACCCUGAGUUGAUGAAUUAAACUUACCCACUAUUCUGCAUUUCCAGACUGCGCUUAUAUUUGGUCGUAGUCUUGUGUUGUGUCAUAGCGAGUCAAGUUUUUGGCAUCGUUGCCAGGAAACCUCUAGGUUAUUGGAGAAACGUGAAAAUUUGUUUACUUUAGCAUUUACUUUUCUACAUUUUCUCUCUUCCCCCUGUGUGCUUUCACGGGUUGUGUUGCAGUCUGUGUGAAGGUAGUGCAUGACCCAUAGCCAUUCAGGAGACUUGCUGCCAUUAGAUCAAGAGCUUGAAAUAACUUGUCGUAAUGUCAAGAGAGCUUUGAAAGCACGAGUGGCUGCAGAGGAAGCUCUCAGUUGAAUAUCAACCAAGAGGAAGAAAUGGGUGACCCAAAUGUUGACGCAUCGGUUGUCCUCGAGGAGCACACCAUGGGCUAUUACUGGACCGCCCAAACCGCAGACAUGAGGCCCCCCAUCCAACACCCUCAAGUUUUUGCUAACAAAUUUGAGGUGAGCACCUCUGUCAUCACCAUGUUGUGCGUCUCGGUGGUAUUCCAUAGGAAAUUAGGCGAGUGCCCCUGAGCUCACUUAGGGCGAUUCCUCGAGCUGAUCGAUGGAAUCAAGGUUAAUGGAGUCCCGCGGGAGUCCAUUCAAUUGCGUUACUUCCCUUUUACGCUAGAGGGAUAGGCCAAGAUGUGGAUGGACAACAGAGCUCUGGGGUCAAUCACAACUUUCACUAACCUGGCCAACAAAUUCUUGACCCCCUAUCAUCCACUGUCCAGGACAGUAGACCUGCAGAAAAAGAUUACACACUUUGGCUGGGAGGAGGAUGAAACCAUUCGGGAUGAUUGGGGGAGAUACACCAGUCUCUUCCUCAUGUUUCCCUAUCACGAUUUUAAUGAUGCCUUCAAGGUGAGCACCUUCUACCAUGCUCUCUUCCUUGAAGACAAGCAGCUGAUUGACUCGGUCUGUGGCGAGAAUAUGAUGACAAAGAUGCCACCCCAAUUGAAUUAUCUCUUUGAUGAAAUGGCGGAGCAGGGCUAUGAUUGAGGGUCUACUAGGAGGUCGAGGAGAGCACCAGGUCGGGGUGUGCACGUUGUGGAUACCCAGUCAUCUGAAUUGGUGCAGGUUGUCUCUAAGCUGGUAUCAGCUAUGAUCGUAAUGGGAUAAUCUCCAGAACAGGCCAGCAGCAGGCAAUGCAGUGCCAGUGGUGCGAGUAACCACCACACGGUGGAGGACUGCCAAGCCAUGCGAGAGUCCAAGACACCGCAGGAGCAGCUAAAUUUCAUUAAUAAUGCUCAGCGCAACGACCCCUACAGUAAUACAUACAACGAGGGGUGGCACCAGCAUCCAAAUUUCUCAUGGAGUGGCAACAACAAUCCCAAGCCAUGGGGCUUCCAGGCUCCUGCAGCUAGUUUUCAGGACCAGAGACAACCAUACCAGCCCCGUCCAGGCCAGAUGCAGGAGCAACAACCAUUUUAAUAGCCCAUACAGGGGCAGGCUUUUCAACAGCCCCCACAACAGCAGGACCAGCAGCCUGGUGCAUCUCCAUCAGUCCCAUCACCGGGCGUUUCUGUGUCAGAAUUUAGGGAUCUAGUGACUUCCUUGGCCAACAUCACUACCCAUAAGUUCAGUAAAAUGGAGCAAUUCAUGAAAGUGGUUAUGGGAAAAUUCAUGGAGAUUGAAGCUGUCCAGAGGCACCAGCAAGCACUUCUGCAGGAUAUGGACACCAAAAUUGGACACCUGGCAGAUGCCCUUACCUCCAGACCGGCUGGUACACUUCCUGGCCAACCCUUGCCAAACCCCAUGGCUUGUUCAUCAUGUUCUAAACCGAACUAGUUGUGUAUUGUUCAUUUAGAACAUGAUGAACAAAACCCUAUCGAUUUCUCAAUUUCGUCAUGAACUAAACCCUGAUUUCUGGGGGAAACACCAUAGGAUGUAGCUAUUUCUUGAUUUGAUGGAUUGAUUCAUGAUUCUUUUCUUCCAAUCUCUAUUGCAUGAAAUUGCUUAAUGCUUUGUGUUGACUGGCCACCAAUACAACGAUUUGUAGUUAAUUAGGUUAUAAGCAACAAUAAAACCCUAAUAACUGAACCUAUUUCAUGUGCCAUAGUAACUUAUCGAAGCGACAGUGGAUUAAAUAAGGUGCUAUGCGGUCUUAAAUAGGAUAUCGAUCUUCAGGCUAAAUAAUUAACUCAUUGAGCUACGACAGUAGGAUUUGAUUUAAUUGUUUAGUACGUAGUAAUUCCCGACAGGGAUAGCUAGCACAGUAGUGAUAUCCUGGCUGUAGAGAGUUGGAUUAAAUUGAUUGGAAUAUGUGAAUUAAUUUGGAUAUGAUAGGUAGUGAAUUCUGGUGUUUCUCCCAGAGCUUUCUCCCAUUGAUUUUCUCCCGACAGUUUUCAUUUAGUUAAUUUGUUUAUUUUAUUUUGCUUUUAGAAAUUAGUCUCAGUAAACUAUUUUCACUUAUAGUUUGCUCAUAAAUUUGAUAGAAUAUAAGGUUGUACCAGUC